AUGAGUGUACCGCAAGCGAUUGUUGAUGAAGCGACAAAUGUGGCGGCAAGUUUGUUGCCCGAAAAAUCUUCGGCAAGAUACGAGCACGAGUACGCCGAAUUCAAAAAAUGGCAAAACGAAAACAAUGUGACUGGUAUUACAGAAGACGUCCUAUUAGCGUACAUCAGUAGUUUGUCAAAAAAAUUCAGCCCAAAUUCUUUAUGGUCAAAAUGGUCAAUGGUUAAGAGCUGUUUGCAGGUUAGAGAAAACAUUGAUGGCCGGAGAUUUCAUAAAGUGAUUGCAUUUUUGAAAAGGCGAAAUGAACGCUACGUUCCCAAGAAAGCUAAAACUCUGACGAAGGAGCACGUGGAAAAAUUUAUAUUAGAAGCCCCUGACGAUAAAUGGUUGCUCGCCGAAGUCAUUACAAUUUUUGGUAUAUUUGGUUGUUGUCGGUGCGAUGAACUUUUAUCCCUCACUUUAAAUGACGUGGAGGAUUUGGAGAAAUAUAUUGUUGUGACCUUACGCGAAACUAAGAAUUUAACAACUAGGAGGUUUACAAUAACAGAUGAUGGGUGUAGUUUCAAACCCUGUGUUAUUUAUCGAAAAUAUGCCGCUUUACGUCCUCACAGAAGUAAGGACCUGCGGUUGUUUUUGACGUACCGGAAUGGAAAAUGUGUCGCCUUAAAUGCAGGUCAACAUACUGUUGGAACAGUACCUAAAAAGAUUGCUGAAUAUUUAGGAUUACAAGAGGUCGCGCUGUAUAUACAGGUCACUCAUUUAGACGGACUGGAGCAACGAUGA